CCUUUCUUCAUCAAAUCUCCAUCGAAUUCCUUCAUUCCACUCCUCUCAACAGCUUCACCCUCUUUCCUCUCUACGUCCUCCUCCUUCGCAUUCUUCUCUGAAUUCGCCGUUAUACACACACUACAAUAUGUCCUGGCAAGCAUAUGUCGACUCCAACCUUGUUGGCACGGGCAAGGUGCACAUGGCUGGCAUCUAUGGUCUCGAUGGCAGCACUUGGGCUACCUCCCCUGGCUUUUCUGUCGCACCCACUGAGCUUCAAAAGUUGAUCGCAGCCUUUGAAGACUCCAACGACAUCCAGGCUAAUGGUCUCUUUCUCGAUGGCAGGAAGUAUUUUUAUCUCCGGAGCGGGGAUAACAGUAUCUACGCGCGUCUUGGAGCCGAAGGUGUGACCUGCGUCAAAACCACGCAGGCCAUCCUGAUCGGACAAUAUGAGAAAGACAUGCAAGCUGGUGAUUGCACUGUUGUUGUCGAGGCAUUGGGCGACUAUCUUCGGUCUACUGGAUACUAAAGACGCGGCGACUAUAUGGACAUCCCUAUAAGUAUCAAUCGCCUUUUGUUCCUGACGCUGGGCGUCAUUUUCAUAGACGGGCGAAGCCUUACUGGGACCAUGCUAUUAGAAAAAAUAAAAUGCAAGAAUAGCCGUCCAGUC